UUAGGUCGUGUGAUUGGCGUCCAGAUUGAUCUUCUAUGGUGGUUGUUUUUGUUUCGAGCAUAGCUGCAAUUCGAUUCUGGGUUUUGGGUUUUUCGAUAGCUUGGAUGGUUGUUGUUGGGUUGUGAAGCGAUUGUGCAUAGGUGAAGAGCGCGUGGUGGGGCGGGUUUUGGACGUGUUGUGAGGAAUUCGCGGGGCUCGUGCGCGAGAGAGAGAUGGCUACCAGAUUGCUCGCGAAUCUGAUCGUGAUGGGGUCGGGCGUGGUUCUGAGGGCCAUGUCGCAGGCAUAUCGACAAGCUAUCGUGAAUGCGAGCAAGACAGGCGUGGCGCAGGAGACGGUGCAGAACAUGGCGCACAAGGUGAGCAAGACGAUGACGGAGCACGAGGCGCGGCAGAUCCUUGGGGUGGUUGAGAGAGCGCCAUGGGAGGACGUGGUGAAGAAGUACGACACCCUGUUCGAGAAUAACAUGAAGUCGGGAUCGUUUUACCUCCAAUCGAAGGUGUUUAGGGCGAAGGAAUGCUUGGAAGCGGCCAGGCAACGGGCGGGAGGUCAGGCGCAGUGAUGCUGUGAUUUGGGAUAAGCAGACCUUGAUCACUUCCGACCUUGCUGACGAGUUGUAUGUUGUGAUUUUUCACGAUCGUAAUGAGCCUCCCAUGAGAACUCGACAACGUCUUGUUUUGGGUGCCCCUGGGAUUUUUAGCGAGAAUCUUUCAGAAUGACGUGAUGGUUUACAGCCCGAUUAGGCGUUGUUGGUUCAGCAGUUUGAGAUUUGAUCUUCGAAGACGUUUUAAGCAUUUAGGGGAAAAGUAUGAUGAGCAGUAGUGACAAUUUGCUGCUGGAAAUUUAGUUUCUACUUCUGACCUGGGUAUCCAAUUGUGUAGUUUCUGGACCUGGAGUACGGGAAGUGGAGUUUAAAGAAAAGAGGAGACAGUUUCAAGAGAGUGAACAUUUCUGCUACUCGUGUCAAAUGAGAAGCUUACAGGACUAUAGGGUCAGUGAGGCGAAAUAGUGUAGAGUAUUCGAGGCAGAAUUUUUUUUUCAAAAUGGAUUGUUGGUCGUGAAAUCAGGAUUUUUGAAAAUUCUUCUUAAUUGUUACGUUCUCAUAAUAAGGAUGAGGAUGUAGUAUUUCAAUUUAUUUAUUUUACUACGGCGAAAGUUUGCAAUUGCAAAUGA